GUGUAAUCGUAAGAAUAAUACAGCGAAUAAAAUUAAACACAAUAGUUGUUUUGCUCCCUUGCCGUAGAUAAUUCCCUCCAACACCAUCAACAGGACGACGGCACGAAAAAACAAGAUUGAAGAUUAAGCCAUGAAACAGAUUUUACUCCUGGGUUUUUGCCUCAUUUCGGUAGGAACUUUGUCAAGAGUUCAAUGCCUUAAAAAGAAGCCAACCAAGCCCCCAGGCACAAGUAGUCGUCCAACUCGAAUUGGUUGGAGACAAGGCAAUGGGCAAUGCAUAUGUAACGGCCCCUAUCCCUCUGGACACCCUAGUCUUCAUCCGUCAAGGAAUCGUAGCUCUCGUCCACCUGGCUUAGUCCCCAUUCCCAGAAAGGUCCUUCAAGCAGUGAAGAGCCAUAUACACGUUGUGUAUGUGGUCGAGCAGAGGUAACAAAGAACAUUGAGAUGAGGCUGAAAAAGAAAUUUCAUAAGGAUCUAUCUGACAGCAAGUCGAAUGCAUACCAAAGCCUAUCCCAAGAAGUAAUGAAUGAGCUGAAACAAUUUUUGUCGAAAGCUAAACGUUUCAUUGAGAUAAAGUUCAAGGAAGGAAGUGUCGUUGUCAACGUUGGGGCUGUUUACGAGAUAUUAGAAAAUGGCUCUAUUGCGGAGGAUCCAGAGAAGGCUUUGAGAGACGCCAUUAAUAGCGGGCAGAUGAAAAACUUGGACAUCUACCCAGACUCCUUGAAAAUUACUGAAAGCUAUACUGGUGUCCAAUUGAGUGAGUGGAAAGCAUCUCUGCAUGACUGCAUGAAAGAGUGCAGUCAUCCUUCUCAAACAAUUAAACGAACGCGCACCUGCACACCGACCGAAGGAUCGUGUGAUGGAAUACCGCUGACUGAACAGAGUACUUGUGAAGUAGCCUGUCCUUUACAUCAUGGAGAAAAAGGAAAGAAAAGAGGAAAGAAAAUUCUGAUCAUCGUUGGUAUUUGCGUUGGAAUUAUCUUCAUCAUCGCCGCCAUUGUUAUUGUGCUGAGAUUGAAGAGGACUAACAGAAAGUAYGUGAGAAGUGGUCCUUCAACGACUUCUAUCAGGGAGUUGACAAAGAACGAUGARCUCGAGAGCAAGUCAAAGUGCUGAGUUUCCGCCGGCUCGAGUGUGGACAUUUUUUAAUUAAUGAAGCAUCCCAAAUCUUACACUAUCGCAUCUCACAGUGCAUUAAGGGAAGGAAGAAGAAUAUUUGAGAGACUUCUGGGAAGACACGRUCAAAUAUCCUGUGCACGACAGUACACUAAGCAUUGACGAGAAAAAAUGUAAUUCAAAUAGUUUUUAAUUUAUAGGUAUAUUUAUUAGUGCGUACAUGAUUGCACAAAAAAUCAAUAUAAUCAAUGAAAGGCAUGUUUACGAUAUGUGUUUUUUAUUGCUCAUUGAUUUCCUUUUUCUCGAUUAAUUUUUAAUAUUUCGGUCAUCAUUGACGUCUGUCUUCAUUUAUUGACUAUCACUUAUUGCUCUUAACAUUGUAGAUUAUUCCAGUUCAGUUUCUCAGUGCCGAUGAUAAAAGGCGUUGCCAGUAUUGAAGACUUUACUCAUAAUGAUCUAUAUUCUUACAAGCAUUUUAUUGCAUGUGGGCUUUGGGUUUUCAAAAAUAAUUCAUUUAUUAUUUGAUAAUAAUGAUAUAUAUCAUCUUAAAUUGUAUAAUUUGUUUGGCUAGCUUUAAUAAAAAUCUUUAUA